AUGAAUGAAGGGGUGAAGGAAUACCCGCCAAUGGGUCAAUCCCCCGAACGCCCGGAAGUAGAAGGGGUCCCCCCUAGUGUGGAGGCACAGACUGAGAACGAUGCCGACAUCACAAGCCUCUUGGAGGCUUCUCAUAUUUCGACUUCCGUUGCGCAAGCAGUUGCAGUCCCACUGGUCACCGCGACAACCACCGCAACGACCGACAUCAUUGGUGAUUUCACGGCAACCACCGCCGACGCCAUCACCACACCCGCCGCCAUCACGUCUCCUGAAGUCGGCAUCGUCCAGACUGAGGAAGCCGUCAUGACGGGGACCGAAGUCUGCGACGCUCUGCCAGGGAUGGAGCUUGACGAGGGCUCGCUCGCGCGACCCAACUCAGUGAAGGUGGACGAGGAGGUGAAGGAAGAGGAUUCACGGAUGGAGGAGGCAGGUGUCGAUGAUGAGGGUGAGGAUACCGCCAUGGUCAUCCCCGACGCCGGAGUAGAGGGUCCCCCUGCCGCGAUGUUUGGCUCCAUGUCAAUGUCCGGCACCCCUUUUGCUUUCGGUGCCGUUCAGGAUGAUGUCAAUAUGGCAUAUCCUCAGCAACAGGAUUUCGAAAACGUCGAGAUGAUCGACCAGGGUGUAUUCGGCAAUACUCUGAUGCCGCCAGUGGGGGGUUACCCUUCCCUCCCUUCUCAAGAAGGUGAUAUGAGGUUUCACGAAGCUGACGUGCGGAUGGUUGAGCCCGCACCCCAACCGUUCGACUUCAACGCGUAUGAGGGUGUGAACUACGUUGGUUCUGGUGAGCAGCAGCAGCAGCAGCAGCAGUUUCACCCAGAACCAAUGGACUACCACCAUGAUGUCGAGGCCUCUUCUUGCCAGCAGCCUCUUCCAAACAACUUCGGUCUGCAGCAAUCGGCGCUGGAUCCGUCCCAGCCUGAUGAUCAAUACUAUCAUCAGGUUGGCCAGCAGCUCGCUCAGAUCGAUUUCGGCCCAGACAACCAGUCCCAGCUCCUGUCCGAAUCUGACCUGACUUUAAUUUUGGACGAGUAUCUGAACUGGUCAAUGUCGCAAGCCCAGUUUGAAGAACUGGUAAGAGAGGUCGAGCAGUUCGCCGAGAGAGAGACCCCGGGCGCAUGGUCGGGUCCGGACUCUCUUAUCGACCCUGCCCUAUUCGCACUGCCGACAGACCAAGCGACCGACGACGUCCCAGCUGACGAUGUGUCCCCAACCGCUGCUUGCGCCGCGGCCCCCAUCCAAGCUGCUCCGUCACCGCAAGGCGAGGAGGUAGUGGCGAGCCCCCAAGAAGAAGAAGAAGAAGAAGAAGAAGAAGAAGAAGUGGGUGCGUCUGCGCCAACAACAGCAACCGCAGCACCGGUGGUGACACCCCUCCCGGAGCAGGGGAUCAGCUACUCCUUCGCGGAGUACUGGUCCGACGUGGCGUUUGAUUCCCCGGAUGAAGACGACCACGUCGACGACUACGUCCCAGUUCCCGUCGCCCCAGUGCUGCGUCAAGAAGUCGAACGCCGCCGUCGGGAGCCCCGCUCCAACGGCUCGACUUCUGUUGAAGUUCGCGCAGACGACAGACAAGAUGUGGUGUCCGCCGAACCCGACAGCUCCUCUUCUGAUGAAGAGUCUGUCCGGCAGCGCGUCGCCCGUCGACCGAUGCUCGUUCCCCGUUUGCGGGGCAGCGUUGCGGUUCGACAGGCUGUUGCCGAGCAGGUUCGCGCGGCUGGUGAGUCCUCUUCUGCGCCCCCGCAGAAGAAGACACUCCAGGAGGUGAGGGACCGAAUCGAAGCAAUGAGGCGUGCUGGCACGUCGAAUUUCGCGUCUUCGGACGAGUCGGACGAGGACGAGGAUGAUUCCCCUCCCUCGUUUCCCAUCCCAUCUACCACCACCACCCCCAACUUCCCAUCUGAGGGGUUAACAACACCAAUUUCCGAGGAACGAGAGCCUGUCGCUGAAGGGUCCAGUGGCAGCGCCGAGGUGAAGGAGGGACAGCCGGCCGGAAAGCUGAAGCUGAAGUCCAGUGAGGUGGAGGCUCACCAGGGCGAGGAAGCCGAGCUCAAGGCAGCUGUUGCGGAGGAGGAGGAAGGGCACGGGAACAUGGCUCCCGGUACCGGGCGGCGUCGAAAGCGAGACAUAGGAGAUUUUGGUCACCAGGAGAUCGAAUAUGUGGAGCUUCCCGACAUCCCCGUCCGCGUCACCGAGGGCCGCCGGAUCUUGUCUUUCAAGAGGCGGAUUCCGGGUGUCCACGAGGAGCCCGAUUGA